UUUGUUAAUGACAAGUCCGACUUCAGUUUUAAAUGUCGUCAAAAGUUCGAAGGUUUGGUUAAUAAUUUGCGUAAUAAAUAAUUAGUUUUAAUCCAGCUAGAUUAUAACUGAUAAGAUUUGUGUUAUUGACAAAGGAAACCAGUAGUUCGCAUCGUAACUGUUCAUACAUAACCAUAAUUAUUUCCAUUAUUUUAUACGCAUGUUUUGUGAUUUUUGAAGUUGUUUUUUUUUUUAAUUAUUAUUUGUUCCCUGUUUUUACCCCUUCGCAAAUUUGAAAGAAACAUGUUUGAUAUCUACGGAGUUUGUAUUUUGGUGCCCCUUUACACUAUUGGGUUCCUGGCUCUUGGCGCGUCGAUAACGUCGGGCAUCUUCGUGUUCCACGUCGCAGUGGUGCCACUCAUAUUUAAAUAUUCCGCGACUUUCAGAAGGAAUCUAGUCUUUGCUAAUUUUGUGCAAUGGCCCUUAAACAUAGACUUCGAGGACCCGUCCGCGAGCGGCAUAGAAGGCGCAAGAAAUCUCAACAUAGAGUACCAGUCCAAAGUUGACAACUGUUCAGUUAAGAUCGGUCUGUGGCACAUACUACCAAAAUCAGUGUACGAAAGGUUAAAAGGAAACUUCGAGAAGAAUCAAGACAAAGAGGAACUAAACAGGAUAUUAGACCAGGAACUAGCGAACUCCAAGACGCCCAUAAUGUUAUAUUGUCACGGUAACUCGAAUUCUCGUGCGGCCGAACAUAGAAUACAGUUGUAUAAAUUCUUUCAGCAAAUGGAUUUUCACACGAUAGCAUUCGAUUAUAGAGGUUACGGCGAUUCCACUAAGAUUCGACCCACCGAAAACGGCGUGGUGGAAGAUUCCCUGGUGGUGUACGAGUGGCUUCGAACCACGGUGGACAAGGGGGACCGCAAGCCGCCCAUAUUCGUGUGGGGGCAUUCGUUGGGUACAGCGAUAUCGUCACACCUGCUAGGUAACCUAAAGGAGCUUUCCACGAGCGUUCUAGAACGUUCCACGCCCCUGCCGCUCCCCAACGGGCUCAUACUCGAAGCGCCAUUCAACAACUUGCCCGAUGAAGUUGCGAAACAUCCACUAUCUAAGCUGGUGACGUGGCUGCCGUACUACGAGAGUACGUUCGUGGCGCCGUUCCGCAGCGACCGCGGCCAGCGCUUCAUGUCGGACGCACACUUGUCGCGCGCCCCGGCGCUGCCCGUGCUCAUACUGCACGCCAAGGAUGACGUCAUCGUGCCCUUCGUCGUUGGCCUUAAGCUGUACAGGUCCGUCCUGGAGUCUAGAUCGGAAGGGGGCGCUACGAUCAAACUACACGCUUACGAUAAGAGCGAAAAUCUAGGACACAAAUGGAUCUGCCACGCUAAGGAUCUGUCAGAUGUUAUUGGAGACUUUGUGCAAUGUCAUCAAUGAAUGCAUACAUCAAUAAAUAGUAAAUCGCUCAGUUAUCGAACUGAUUAGCUUAAAAGUUCUUUGGAGCUUCUUAUAAACAAGUUUCUAGCAGCUACAGACGUGUAAUGAACUCCUAAAAUAUGUGAAGCUAUCGAUAAAUCCAUAGAAAUUCGAAAGAAAUUACCUAUAAUUGAUUCAUUCGAAUAAUCUAAUUUAGGAAUCAAUAGAAAUUCGAGACGAAUCUUCGAUUUAAUUGAUUCAUUCGAAUAAUCGAUAGUAUCGAUCAUCGAUUUUAACUAUAUCGAUGAUUCACGAUGGAAACCUUUAUAUCAAAAAGUUUUAGGCUGUCUUAACUCAUUAUCAGGCUCCUAUGUCCUACUAUAGAUAAUUUGACUAAAGUAUUUUUUUUACAGUUGCUGGAAACUUUGGUUUACAAAAGCACCUUAAAGCCUAGGGAAGCUUUAUUAGAAAGUUUCUUGAUCUCAAAUAGAUCACAAUUGGGUACAUGAUAUAAACAUCAUUUAAACGCAACAAAAUUACUGUAUACUGCCAAUGUUUCGGGAAUACAACGAAUAACUCCAUCCUUUAUUGACGUCACGCAAGAUGGAUGAGUGUCAAAAACUAUGAAUGAUUUCAAUAAAAGUAAUAAUAAAAUAAUGCAAUAUCUAAUGCUGAGAAUAACAUUACUUAUUUAUUACACAAUAAUUGAUUCCUGAUUAAUACUACUGUCAAUUUGUCACCAAAAACACUUUAUUUCUGACGCAAUGUACUCCAAUUUUAGUUUUAUAGACUAGCUUUUCACCGCGACUUUCUUCGCAACACGCGCUAUUUUGCACUGCUUUUUAGGCUUUUAAACACGGCAAAGGGUUCUAAAUUGUCAUUUUCGACUAUUUCGUACAACUAAUAACAUUUUUUAUUGAACAAAACUGUUUUUUAUGUUUUAAUAGUAUUGACAAUAUUUAAUAAAUGGCUAUUAAGAUAGAAAUUAAAUAAGGUCAAUUAAAUGACAGUAUUUUCUUACUACCUAUAAUUAUUUUUGUGUAAAAUCGAUUUAAAAUUAUUCGAAUAAUCGACUCAUUCGAUUAUCGAAUGGAACCAACAAUUUACUCAAUAGUAUAUAAAAUGGUGAUAUUCGUAGGCGUAAUUAUUAUUUCUAUUUUUUUAUUUAUUAUUAUUUAUUAAGUUAAAGGGCAAUAAAAUUUAUUUCAUUAAGAA